AUGGUUGGCGAUUCUACAAUCGGUAAAACUAGUUUGAUGCAUAAAUUUACUGAAGGUGAUUUUGAUGUAUCUUAUGACCAAACCAAUGGCGUUCAAUUUAUAGAAAAAACUAUUACAUUACGAGGAUACAAGUUUAGAUUCAGUCGCCCUGAAUUUAUUUCUUAUGUUUGUGAUGAUUCUGUUGCUAUUCUUUUUAUGUUUGAUUUAUCACAAAUAUCCACAUUAUACAGUAUUAAAGAAUGGUAUAAACAAACAAGAAGUUUUAAUAAAAAUGCGAUAUAUUUUCUCAUAGGGACAAAACAUGAUAUAUUUAAAGAAUUUGAAAAGGAAACUCAGUGUGAUAUUACAAAUAAGACUCGUCAUUAUGCCAUUAAAAUGAAAGCUUCAUUAAUAUUUUGUUCAUCAAAACAUUUUAUAAAUGUGGAAGAAAUAUUUAAAGUAAUACUUUCAAAGCAUUACAAUCUCAAUUGUAAACUUCUAGAAAUUAAGGAGGCUGGAUAUCCCAUAUUAGAAUAUAAAAAUAAGCAGGAAACAGAU